UACAGCAGGGCAAGCAUGGCAGCAGACAUUUUGAUUCAAGAGAAAAUUACCCAGAAUUCCAUGCACUGGGGGUCUGAGGGCUCUAGAGGACCUGGUGUGAACAGAAAGAGGACUGAGGCCCCAUCAAAGCUUAACUGGACCAGAAAGAGAACCCAGUCCUCUUUGUAAUAAAUUCACAGUGUGAACACAAAAAUAACUCCGUUCUUUUUCUGUUGGUCCACUAAAAGAGGACUGAGUCUGGUUCCUUUAAAGGGGACCAGGUGUGAAAACACCCUUAUUUAUUUAUUCAUUUCCUCCCAGACUAAGGUGAUUAUUUAUCUGGAGUUGUUGUGUUUGAGUCCGAUUCUGUUCCUCAGUCAGCGUCUGUCUGAGGGAACUGAAUGAUAAUCAUGGUUCUUGUGGUUCUGGUUUCUCUAAAUGUUCUCCUGGAGUUGUUCUUAUUUGUGCAUUUAUCAAACUUUACACAGACUCGAACACACACACACACACACACACACAACUUCAUGCACAUAUAUUACAAAAAGAAAAUGAGGAUAUAAAAUAAGUCUUGUGUACGUAUUUUACCCUGAAAUGAACCACGGUGUUGCAUGAAUGUGUGUGAGUGAGAGAGAGAGAGAGAGAGAGAGAGAUCGGCAUGGUAAAUGCAUUUCCAAAGAUCCGUCGUCUUCAUCCUCCUCACGUCUGUCUCUGAUGUCUUGUUUGUUGUCGAUAAAGGCUCGUCUGGGUUUUCAUUCGGUUCAUUCGGUGCCAAAACGACAGCAUCCACAGCUUUUGGCUUUGGUACCAGUACCACCACUACCGCCUCAUCUGGAUUUGGUAGUCUCUCUGCCCCAGCUUUUGGGGCGGCCACGACGACAACGGCUUCCACAGGGUUCGGGUUCGGGUCCACAACCACAGGAUUUGGGGGUUUGGGGACUGCGAGCACCACCGCUGGGGGUUUUAGUUUCGGGGGGUACGGGUUGAACACUAACCCAGCGGCAGUUAGCUUUAACAUGGGGGGCUUUGGGGCUCCUCCCACCACCGCCACGGUUUUUAAUUUUGGGAAUAACCUCGGCGGUGCAGGUGCGUUCGGAGGGUUUGGUACCACCACCACCUCGGCUUCUGCAGGCCCCACCUUCAGCUUCUCCAACCCCGCCAACACAGGUGGUGGUCUGUUCGGAAACACCCAGAACAAAGGCUUCGGGUUUUCAUCUGGUCUGGGAACAGGGACCGGGACGGGGUUCGGGUCUGGGUUAGGAGGCGGAGGCCUCGGAUUCGGGGGUUUCAAUCUUCAGUCUACGCAGCCGCAGCAAGGAGGUCUGUUUGGUCAGCAGGCCCAAGCCCAAGCGCAGCCUAAUCAGCUCAUCAACACGGCCAGCGCUCUGUCCGCACCCACGCUGCUCAACGACGAGCGCGACGCCAUCCUGGCCAAAUGGAACCAGCUGCAGGCCUUCUGGGGCACGGGCAAGGGCUACUUCAACCACAACAUCCCACCGGUGGACUUCACCCAGGAGAACCCUUUCUGCCGAUUCAAGGCAGUGGGGUUCAGCUGCAUCCCCAGCAGUAAGGAUGAGGACGGCCUGGUGGCUCUGGUCCUUAAUAAGAAGGAGGUGGACGUUCGCGGUCAGCAGCAGCAGCUGGUCGAGUCCCUGCACAAACUUCUGGGUGGAAACCAGACGCUCACCGUGAACGUGGAGGGAGUUAAAGCUCUGCCUGAUGACCAGACAGAGGUGAUUAUCUACGUGGUGGAGCGCUCACCUAACGGCACGUCGAAGCGAGUUCCAGCCUCCAAUCUGUUUAACUACGUGGAGCAGGCCAACGUUAAGAGCCAGCUGCAGCAGCUCGGCGUGAUGAUGAGCCUCAGUCGGACAGCUCUUUCUCCUGCGCAGCUCAAACAGCUGCUGCAGAACCCUCCCGCAGGAGUCGAUCCGAUCAUAUGGGAGCAGGCUAAGGUGGACAAUCCCGACCCUGAGAAACUGAUCCCGGUGCCCAUGGUUGGUUUUAAGGAGCUGCUGCGCAGGUUGAAGAUUCAAGAACAGAUGACUAAACAGCACCAGACCAGAGUAGAUAUAAUUGCCACAGAUAUCAGUGAGCUUCAGAAGAACCAGGCCACCACUGUGGCUAAGAUUGCUCAGUACAAGAGGAAGCUGAUGGACCUGUCACACCGAGUUCUGCAGGUGCUGAUAAGACAGGAAAUUCAGAGGAAGAGUGGCUACGCUAUCCAGGUGGAUGAAGAGCACCUCAGGGUGCAGCUGGACACCAUUCAGUCUGAGCUUAACGCCCCGACGCAGUUUAAGGGCCGGCUGAACGAGCUGAUGUCGCAGAUCCGGAUGCAGAAUCACUACGGUGCAGUGCGAGCCGAGGAACGGUACAUCGUCGACACGGACCUGCUCCGAGAGAUCAAGCAGCAUCUGAAGCAGGAGCAGGAGGGUCUGAGUCACCUGAUCAGUGUAAUCAAGGACGACAUGGAGGACAUCAAGAUCAUCGAGCAGGGACUGCAUGAUAGUGUACAUGUGAGGGCUGGAAAACUCAGCUGACGUGGACACACACACACACACACUCCCUCUCUCACACUCUCUCUCUGUACACUCACGGUCUCUUACUGACUUACAUAAACAUGCGUGUACACACACACACACACACACACACCAUCCAUCCCUAACCAGCAUCAUCACAUGUGACUAGUUAAUUGUGCACAACACACACACACACACACACACACACACACACACACACACACACACACACGUGUGCACCUCUCCAUGAACCAGUGUUUCUCUUCGCUGCUUGGAUUCUUCAACAUUUGCUGAGUUGUAACAACUGUAACAGUGCAUGAGGACACAUGGACACUCAAAGAAAGACAAUGAACUGUUUUACUUUGUUGUGAGAGAGAAAGAGAGAGAGAGCUAUUAUUUUUAGUCAGUCUGUGUAAAUAUGGCUCUUUAUAGUUUUUCUAAAGCACACAAGAAUCUGUCGAUGUCUGAAAUAAUUAAUUUUGACAAAAAUAUAGCAAUAUCCGGGCGGCACGGUGGUGUAGUGGUUAGCGCUGUCGCCUCACAGCAAGAAGGUCCUGGGUUCGAGCCCCGUGGCCGGCGAGGGCCUUUCUGUGCGGAGUUUGCAUGUUCUCCCCGUGUCCGCGUGGGUUUCCUCCGGGUGCUCCGGUU